UCGUGCUAUUCGGUGUCACGAUAGUCUCGCGCGUUGCAAACAACUUGAGAACGAUGAUUGAGUGGCAAGCACAUAUCAUUGCGUGCGGCGAGAUGGGGAAACGAGGAUGUAUGCUCGCUUUGCUAUGGAUGUUCGGCGUCCUAAGCAUUGUUCAGUGCCAACCUAAGUAUGUGUUUACAAUGCCAAGAGCUAUGGAGGCGGGCGGGCAGACGACAUUCUGUUUGCAGAUGGAAAACAUGGCCAGUCAGGCCUCUCCUAGUAUAGAGCGACGGGUUGAGGUGGAUAUAGCAUUCGUUGCUAACAGUGGUAGCAUGGUCAACCACACCCUGACAUCUACUCUGGACGAAUCGAACGGUGUUCUAGAUCGUUUGUCCUUUUGUGAAUCAAUAGAUGCCCCAUCUGAAGCAGGCACAUAUGAUGCCAUUGCUUCUGUCACCUUGAUCAGUGAAGAUGACAAUGUCUCGGUCAUUUUCCCCCUUACGUCAACCAAAGAUGCCAAGACCACAGUCAGUGUGAACAAGAUUGAUCUGAUUACACUGAUACAGACGGAUAAGCCAAUCUAUAAACCAGGCCAGACAGUGAAGUUUAGGGUCCUUACAAUAGACUAUAAAUUGAAGGCAGCAGUAUUUGCUUUCAGCGAGAUCACAAUACAAACCCCUGAUAACGUGCGAGUGCGACAGUGGAGGAACAUAACAACUGAAAGUGGUCUAGUAAGUCUUGAAAUGCCUCUAAGUUCUGAUCCGUUGCUGGGCAAAUGGACAAUUACCGUGGAGAUUGGGGUGCGCACAGAGACACAGACAUUUAUAGUUGACGAAUAUGUCCUGCCAAAAUUCGAAGUAACGAUUACCCCGCCGUCUUACAUGCUGCCAACAAGCCAAACCAUUGCAGGAACUGUGUGCGCAAAGUAUACCUAUGGUAAGCCUGUGAAUGGAGACCUGAAGAUGAAGCUGUGUUACAAGGCCUGGGGCUAUGGAUGGGACUACGGCUGGUACUCCUCAAGUCACCGUAAGGCACGGCCCUGCGCCACGGUCAUUACCAAGAUUGAUGGUUGCUACGACUUCCACGUUAAAGCUGAUGAAAUAGAGCUCGGUUUCCGUAAGCAUGGCAGUUAUGGUACAUUGGAAAUAGAAGCAAAUGUGACAGAGGAUGGGACAGGUGUUGAACUUUCCGGAAAGAAGGAAGGACCCGGUCUUAGCAUGAACCCUCUAUUGCUUACUUUAGAAGAUGAUUCAGAUGGCUAUUUCAAGCCAGGCUUUCCCUACAAAGGCAGGGUGAUUGUAAAAAAUCCAGAUGGAAGCCCUGCCCCAGGGGAGGUAAUUGAGGUGAAAAUGACGUCCAACGAUUGGAAGAAUGAGUACUAUUGGGGAAAAAACUUCACGACUGAUACUUCUGGUGUCGUUCAUUUUACUAUCACGGAGCUUGAAGAAGAUAUUGGAGAUUACUACAUUAAUGCUGAGGCAAUAGUAUAUGACAACGAUUGGCGAUACACUGACGGUGAAAUUUACUUCCGGACAUACACUCCGAGUUCCAGCAAAUCGCUCACGAGAUGGUACUCGCCUUCAAACAGCUUCAUCUACAUGCCGGCGGUUAAAGAAGAGGGUAAAUGUGGACAGGACCUAGUACUGGACGUCUUUUAUACUGCUCAGGUGGAUUCGAACUACAUUUUCUCUGCGAGGGUGAUGGCAGGAGACAAUUUAGUACACACUCAAGAGGUUAGCAUAACAUUUGAAGGAUCUGAGGCUUCGCUUGGUCUCAUGGGGGUACGUCCUGAAGAAGUAUUGGACAAAAAGAAAAAGGAGAAGCCCGAAGAGCUAUUACCAUUACCGCCAUUACCACCUCUACCAGUUGAACAAAUUGUGGAAACAGUGGAUGACAUAGAGGCAGACAGUAAGGUAGAUGAGGUGCCGGUAGAGGAAGAUAAGAUAGUUGCAGAAAAGUAUGUCCCUCUUGGCAAUGGUGAGGAAAUCCAAGUUUUAGAAGAGGCGAUUGUGCCAGAAAGUGCUCAGCUACCUGAAAGUGAAGAGCAAACUGACAGUGACAAGACUAACACUGUUCACGCUAUUGGACACUUCACGAUAAGGAUUCCAGUGUUGCCCGUUAUGGCUCCCAAUUCUCAACUGCUUCUCUACUACAUGAGGUCCGAUUUUGAAGUCGUGGCAUCAACCAUUGAAUUUCAAGUGAAGCCGUGUUUUAACAAUAAAGUCAGCAUGUCAUUAGACCGAAAAGAGGCCCGACCAGGCACAGAGUUAAAUCUAAACGUAGAAGGUGCACCGGGGUCAACGUGCUUUAUAGGGAUGCUCGACAAAAGUGUCACGCUACUUGGAGAAAAUAACCAGAUCACACCAGAGAAGCUGAUGAGUCAAGUUUCCAAUGCUGCCCGGCCCUGGAGUAUGCGUGGCUACUGGAAGGAGGACAAGGAGUACUGCAAGAAAUUCUUCAAUGAGGCUGAGGACUCAACGGAUGAUGAUAUGUAUUUUGUAUAUGACGUAACGGGCAAGGGUGCUGUAAAUUCAUUCCGGGAUGCUAAAAUGUGGGUAUUGACCAAUGGGGUUGUCGACUCCAGACCAUGCGUUAAAAGCCGACACCGUUUGUAUUAUGGAAUGCCAAUGUCGCUGGCAGCUGUAGGUUUACCUGGUCUUGAAGGACGGCAGACUGCAGAUUAUUUAGAUACAGCUUCUAAACGCACCAUCGAGAAUACUGGAACAGUACCAGCACCAGCAGUGCAAAUCCGAUCGUUCUUUCCAGAGACAUGGCUUUGGGAUAUUGUUGAACUAGGCAAGAUUGGUCAGUUAUCAAAGACAACCACGCUACCAGACACGAUCACAGAAUGGAUUGGCAACUCGCUCUGCACUCACCCGGAUUCUGGGGUGGGCGUGUCUGAGUUGACGGGCAUCACUGGCUUCCAGCCGUUUUUCGUUUCUCUCACGCUGCCUUACUCGGCUGUUCGUGGGGAAAUCUUGCCUGUUGUUGCAACCGUGUUCAAUUAUCUACAGGACUGCAUAUCAAUGGAGGUGACAAUGAAACAGAUGGAAGGGUUUGCGUUGCAUGAAGGAACUGGCGCCAAACACGAGUUCUGUCUGUGUGGAGGACAGAGCGAAACUGUUAAGUUCUACAUCAUACCAAAAGUGCUGGGAGAGAUAGACCUAGAAGUGAUAGCUCUUUCCACGGUUAAUACUGUCGUGUGUAACAACUUUGUUCUCACUGACGCCUACAACGGCGUGUCUGAUGGUGUACAGAGGCAGCUGCUCAUUGAGCCUGAGGGACAGCCUCAUGUUGCAACACGAUCAGCCUAUGUGUGCGUGAAAGGUGGUGAAUCGGACUCGGAGACAAUAGAGUUGGCCCUUCCAGCCGAUCUGGUUCCCGACUCUGAGAGGGCAACAGUUUCUGUAGUAGGUGAUAUCAUGGGUCCAACCCUGGGCAACUUGAAAAACCUUCUUCACAUGCCUUAUGGGUGUGGUGAGCAAAAUAUGGCUUCCUGGGCACCAAACAUCUAUGUGCUGCAGUACCUGACCAGCACUAGUCAAAGUUCACCUGAGGUAGAGGAGUUGGCCAAGAGCUACAUGAGGGUUGGCUACCAACGUCAAAUGAAGUACCGGCAUAAUGACAAAUCAUACAGCGCGUGGGGUGAAAAUGAAUACGGCAACGCUACAGGCAGCCUGUGGCUGACAGCGUUCUGCAUCAAGACCAUGGCUCAUUCGGUCAAGUUCAUUGAUAUUGACAAGGACGAUCUGCGUAUCAGUGGAGAUUGGAUUCUGUCACACCAGCAAGCUGAUGGCUGUUUUCCUCAAGUUGGCACAGUGUUCAGCUCAUACCUCAAGGGAGGUCUGGAAGGUGACAACAAGGCUGGUCUCACAGCUUUUGUGCUUAUUGCUCUCAUAGACAGCGGCUUUAAAGAUAUCAAUCAGACUGCUCUGGAUGCUGGAUUCUCCUGCCUGGACCAGGUACUCCUAGCAGAUGUUGAUACGUACACUCUCAGUCUGAUGGCGUACGCCUAUCAGUUGUACACGCCCGAUGAUGCACAGACACAGGUGAUCAUGGAAGAGCUUGACGUCCGCAAGAAAAUUGGUUCUGGCCAGGUGCACUGGGAGCGAGGUAACGCAGAGAAGAUACCUGAAAGUGAAAUGUGGUGGUACCGGGCACCAUCCGCGGAAAUUGAGAUGACCGCAUACGUGAUGAUGUCCAUGUUGACCAGUUCUGGGGGCGCAUAUGAAACUGCCCCAAUCGUUCAGUGGCUGACCAGGCAGAGGAAUUCGUUUGGUGGAUUUUCAUCCACUCAGGACACAGUUGUUGCCUUGCAAGCACUGUCCAUGUUUGGUGCGCGAACAUUCUCUGGAGACUCCAACGUCAACGUCGAAGUGAAACAAGAUGGUGGUGGUGAGCACAUGUUUAGCGUCACCCCUGACAACAGUCUGGUCUACCAGUCAGCUGAUCUUAAAGGUGGCAGAAAGGUGGACGUCUUAGUAUCUGGUUCAGGCUGUGCUUUAGUUCAGGUCACCAUGAAAUACAGUGUCUACAAGACUGAAGAUUCUGGUCCUGCAUUUGGUCUAGUUGUGGGAGUGUUUAAGUCCAAGACCAACCGAAAUAACUGUGCUCUUCGCACCCUGGAGGUCUGUGCAAGUUAUUUGAAGGACGGAGUAUCCAACAUGGUUAUAUCUGAGAUCAAAAUGCCAACUGGCUGGGUUCCCGUCAAGCAGUCGUUACGAGAGCUUUCAUCAUCUGGAGACAUACAGAAGUUUGAAGUUGAUGAAGACUUUGUUGAACUAUAUUUUGAUGAGUUAAGCAAACAAAAGAAAUGUGUAACAUUUGAGGUUGAACAAGUCAUUGAAAUGAACCCCAAAGCGGCCAGAGUGCAGGUGUACGACUAUUAUGAAACCAGCUACAGUGUGACCGUGAGCUACGAGAUCAAGACGACCUGUGGAACCAAAGAGGAAAUCCCCGUGGACAAUGCAGGCAUGGACUGUUCCAUUGUGCAAUGCAGGGAGGAUUCUGUCGAUUCUGAGGAUUCUGUCAAGAUGAGCUGCCCAUCCUGUCAAGACAGGGAUAUCUCUAUUACUGAAGUGACUGAGCUAGUCUGUGAGCGGAAUAUUUCAUCAGUGCUCAAGGCAGUCGUAGGCAGAGAGGGAAUAUAUCCUAUUAAAAUCAUGGCAGACUUGAUGCCAAAGAAAAAGGUGACUCUGGAUUCCUUUGUUAAGUACAAACUUGGAUCAGACUGUUCAUGUCCUAUUCUGCAAAUGAAAGAAAGCAAAGCACUGAUAUUCCGUGAAAAAGGCUUCAAUAAAGAGAAUAUCGAUUUCUCGGCUCAAGAUACAGUACUUCCUUUCUCGGAGAAAUUGGAAAAGAACGUUCGAAACUUGGUAUCAAGGGAACACCUCUGUGCAAAGCUAGAUCGGUUCAGACGUUCCAAGUCUCCAGAAAGUGACCGAAUGAUGAAACAACUUCUUCGUAAAGUUGGCAUUCUGCCGUAAAGAGUUUCCAUAUUGCUUCGUAGACAAAUGCAACUAUGCUGGCGUUAUAGUAUGGCUUGACAAAUGUCGAAUUGGUUUCGUUUUAGGAAUAUUCAUUCUGUAGAUUUACUUCAAGACCCAAAACGGAAAUACUUCUUCGAAAUACUCCCUUCAUAUAUACCUCAUUGUCGUCAUUCACUUUUUCGCAAAGUGGCAUAUGCCAGCGAGUGGUGACACUGUUCGUAAUCACACAUUCAGCGCUGGUUUCAAAUGCAUUAAUCAUGGGCGAGGUUGGAAUUUAUUGUGAUAUCAGGACAGUUGAUAGACUUGUCUGGCGUAUUCAUGUAUGCGCAUAUAAUAUCAAAAUACUCUGAAUGCUUUCAGUUAAAGAUUUUGGUAUACUAGUCCUUUUUUGCAUUGUGUAUUUUAGUCUAAAUUUUAUAUUCUCUUUUCAUUACUAUUUCAUGGGUUCCUUGUCUUUGAAUAUCAUUAUUUUGCAUGACUUCAUUUUAAUCAACUGUCACAAUUGUAUGUUUAAUCAGUUAAUUAUGUAUUUUAUUCUUGUAUACAACAAUAAAGACCAAUAAGAGUA